AUGUCUCAGCCAGCAGUCCACCAACACUCUCAUUGUUCCAAACAGAGAUUCAACUUUGUGUCUCUGCCCACGGAUGUCCUGGAAAUUGAGGUAAAGGACAAGUUUGCCAAGAGUCGGCCAAUCAUCAAGCGUUUUCUGGGGAAGCUUUCUGUCCCUGUCCAGAGGCUGCUGGAAAAACAUGCCAUCGGAGAUCGUGUGGUGAGUUACUCUCUGGGUCGCAGGUUGCCAACAGAUCAUGUUUGCGGCCAGCUGUUGUUCCGCUUUGAGCUGACCUCUUCGAUUCAUCCAGAUGAUGAGGAGAUUUCUCUGGUCAUGGAGCUAGCUUGCAAUGAGGUAGAAACUCCUGCUGAAGGGAACCAUGCAGCUGAUGCAGCUGAUGACGACACACUCAAUGUGAGCCUCGAUAUGCCGGAUCUCCCUCUGGAUGCUCCUCUGGACACCGACACCUCAACGCCAGCAACACAGAGCCAGGACAUCCCUCUUACUGAUCAGCAAGAAGACAGCGGGGCUGCAGAGGUGGAACCAGGAAGAGUGGAGGAGCAGAGCACAGUUAAGGAUGAGACCUCGGCUUUACAGCCUCAGGGAGAGCCAGGGGAUGGGCCUUCACCUGAAAGGCAGGAUGGCAAUGGAGAAGAGGAACAGGGAGGGAAAACUGGAGAGGAGAACAAAGAGGCUGAGGGUGCAGCCCACCCUGAGUCAGAUUCAGACUGCCCUACAGAGGCAGAGACAAAUGGAGGGGCCACUGGUGCUGCUGUAGAGGCGCCAUCUGGGGAGGCGGCCCCAACACAGGAAGACUGUGUAGACUCUGCCCCAGGAGCCUCAGAGGAGCCCAAUGAGAAAGGAGAAAGCAGCUGUGAACCCUGCUCCUGCCAGUCUCUCUCCUCCAACUACAACUUCCAAGCUCUGUCACGGCGUAAAGCUCGGCCCUGCUCCCUGCCUGUGUCAGAGCUGGAGACAGUGAUCGCCUCGGCAUGCGGGGAGCCAGAGACGCCAAGAUCCCACUACAUCCGGAUUCACCACCUCCUGCACAGCCUCCCAUCAGCCAGACCUCCCAGCCAGGAAGAGGAGGGGGAGGUCACCAACAUCACUGUGGACUCCCACGCUACAUCCCCAACCCUGAAGCACUCCAAAGAGGAGGAAGAGGAUGAUGAAGAGGAGGACACAACACAGUCCCCAUCUCAGGUCCCAGAGUGUCCAGGCUCAUUCUGCCGGCGCUCUCUGCCCCGUAGCCUUUCCAUUGAGCGCCUGUCUGAGCUGAACCAGCUGCUGGAAGGUGAAGGAGGACGAGGAGGACUUGCAGUAACAAGAAGGAUCUCUCCAUCUUGGUUAGAUAGUGAAGAGGGGGAUUCUAACCUUGAAGGAGGACCCAGGAUGUGUAGCAGGACCCAUAGACCUCCGGGCGAGAACGAAUGUGAGUUCUGCGACACGUCCUGCUACAGCACCUCCUGCUACAGCACCUCUUGCUACAGCACCUCCUGCUACAGCAACUCAGGUUAUGAGGGGAGGGGCCGCUUUUGCAGCCACAACCGCCUGUCAUCAGUGGACAGCAACCGGCUCUCCGGCAGCACCGUCUUCUCCUCACAGGAUGAAGAGGAAGAUGAGGAGAGCGCUUUUGAGUCUGUUCCCAACCCGGUCCAGCCUAACUCUCAUGAUUUGGGUGGGGACAGGGGAGAGAGAAGGACUGGAAGAUGGAAUGAGGCUAAAAGAGGGGAGCAAGGAGAGCCAGCAGAGGCCGGACCCAGUGACAAGAACUGCAUUGGCUCAGAUCUCUCCCCUCCUGUUGGCCAUCUUCCAGUACUGCGACCCAGCCAUGACCCAAACCAUUUUCCUGCUGCCACUGACCCAGCCUUACCUCCAAACUGGGAAGCUCGUGUUGACAGCCAUGGCAGGGUCUUCUAUGUUGAUCAUGUCAACAGGACCACAACUUGGCAGAGACCAAACCAUGGUGCCAAGUGCAACCAUGCCAUCCCUCGCUCGGGUUCUACACAGCAAAUGGAGCAGCUCAACCGGAGAUACCAGAACAUCCAGAGGACCAUGGCCACAGAGGAGGAUAGUGGGAGUCGGAGUUCAGACGGUGAAUCGGAGCCUGAUCAGACAGUCCCUUCCUCCCCGGUCAAUCAUCAGAAGAUCACAUAUCUCCUUCAGUCACCGGCAGUCAAGUUCAUCUCACACCCUGAAUUUUUCACUGUGUUGCACAGCAACUAUGCAGCUUACCGUAUGUUCACCAGCAGCAGCUGUGUGAAGCACAUGAUCCUGAAGGUGCGUCGUGAUGCCAGAAACUUUGAGCGCUAUCAGCAUAACAGGGACCUGGUGGUCUUCCUUAACAAGUUUGCAGACACACAGCUGGAGCUGCCAAGAGGCUGGGAAAUCAAGACUGACCCACAAGGAAAGUCUUUCUUUGUGGAUCACAACAGCCGAGCCACAACCUUCAUUGACCCUCGGAUCCCACUGCAGAAUGGUCAACUGCCAGGCCACCUUGCCCACAGACAGCACCUGCAGAGACUCCGUAGUUACAGCGCUGGAGAGGCCUCUGAAGUGUCCAGGAGUCGAGGGGCGUCUCUGAUGGGACGGCCCAGUAACAGCCUGGUAGCAGCCAUACGCAGUCACCAUCAAACUGACCCAAAGCAGCUGACUGCUCUCUCUUACAAUGACAAGAUAGUGGCAUUCCUGCGACAGCCAAACAUAUUUGACAUGCUGCAGGAGCGCCAGCCCAGUCUAAGCAGAAACCACGCAUUAAGAGAAAAGGUGCACUGCAUCCGGACAGAAGGUACUCAGGGUGUGGAGAAGCUGUCAUGUGAUGCAGAUCUUGUAAUCCUGCUAAGUUUGUAUGAAGAGGAAAUCAUGUCUUACAUUCCUCCUCACCCUGUCCACCCUGGGUUCAGCUUUUCCCCUCGCUGUUCGCCUGCUUCCUCCCCACAGAGCUCUCCUGGUCUGCAGAGAGCCAGGGCCCCAGCUCCUUAUCGCAGAGAUUUUGAAGCCAAGCUGCGAAACUUCUACCGCAAACUAGAGGCCAAAGGCUACGGCCAGGGGCCGGGCAAGAUCAAACUGCUGAUACGAAGAGAACACCUGCUGGAGGGAACCUUCAACCAAGUGAUGGCAUAUUCACGCAAAGAGCUGCAGAGGAACAAACUCUACGUCACCUUUUUAGGGGAAGAAGGAUUAGAUUACAGUGGUCCAUCCAGGGAAUUCUUCUUCCUGCUCUCCCAGGAGCUCUUUAAUCCAUACUACGGUCUGUUCGAAUACUCAGCCAAUGACACAUACACCGUUCAGAUCAGCCCCAUGUCAGCUUUUGUUGAGAACCAUCUAGAAUGGUUCCGUUUCAGUGGCCGUAUUCUGGGCCUGGCUCUGAUCCACCAGUACCUGCUGGAUGCCUUCUUCACCAGACCCUUCUACAAGGCUCUGCUCAGACUGCCCACAGACCUGUCUGAUCUGGAGUACCUGGAUGAGGAGUUCCACCAGUCUCUCCAGUGGAUGAAAGACAAUGACAUCACUGAUAUCUUGGACCUCACUUUCACUGUGAAUGAGGAAGUUUUUGGCCAGGUGACAGAGCGGGAGCUGAAGUCAGGUGGCUCCCACCUCCAAGUGACGGAGAAGAACAAGAAGGAUUACAUCGAGCGAAUGGCGAAGUGGAGAGUGGAGAGAGGGGUGGUGCAGCAGACGGAGGCGCUUGUCAGAGGCUUCUAUGAAGUGGUGGACUCCAGGCUGGUGUCGGUAUUUGAUGCGCGGGAGCUGGAGCUGGUCAUUGCUGGGACUGUGGAGAUCGAUCUUAGUGACUGGAGGAGCAACACAGAGUACAGAGGAGGUUACCAUGACGGCCACAUUGUGAUGCGAUGGUUCUGGGCAGCGGUGGAGAAAUUUACCAAUGAGCAGCGUCUCCGCCUGCUGCAGUUCGUCACAGGGACGUCCAGUGUGCCAUACGAAGGCUUUGCAUCUCUAAGAGGAUCUAACGGCCUCCGACGUUUCUGCAUUGAAAAGUGGGGCAAAGUCACAUCACUACCCAGGGCUCACACCUGCUUUAACCGCCUUGACCUUCCUCCAUACCCCUCAUACACCACUCUGUAUGAGAAGCUGCUCAUCGCUGUGGAGGAAACCAGCACUUUUGGCCUGGAGUGACCCAUAGGAAUCAAAUCCUUUCACUCUGGCUGGGCCUGGAAGCUGAAAGGAGAGCAGCCCAUGUUAGCUCCCAGUCUCAUAAAGAUCUGUGAAGUGUAACAGA